CUCCUUUCCUUUUCUUAAAAAUCUUUGACCACGUUGCGAUGCUGCGUAAUGCGUGGUGCCUGUGCACGUUGUAUAAUGUACAUUUUAAUCAAGUAAUUUGACAAAAUAUUGAAAUAACUAUAUUAUUAAUAUAAAACUAUAUUCUUAACGGUUUUAUUGUAUAAUUAAAACUGAUAUCUCGAUAUUCAAGUGUGUUACAAAAUUGUAAACUUAUUUGCUUGUUAAUACGACGUGGAGGUUAUAAGUCUGUAACUGUUUAUAUAUUUUUAGAUUAAAUGGGUCGUAAAGCAAAAUUUGAUAGAGAAAUUCCCAGUGGUCAUGGGAAGAGGGCAAAAAAGCAAGGAGAUCCUGUGUUUCCAAAGGGAGUUCUAGUUAAAGAAUCUAACAAGCAAAGUCAUCGACAGAAGCAAAGGGCAAAGAAAAGAUUAUUGAAACAAAAUUCAAAGAAAUUACUCAAAGAGAAAACUAAUAUGGAGGAAAAACAAGUACAACUAAAAACUAAAGAAGAUAUAUUAAAGCAGCAGAAGCAGAAAAAAGAGAAAAAAGUAAAUUUCGUCAAUGACAAUUCUCAAAAGAUGAAACUUGUUGACCAAGCAUUAGAAUUAAAAACAAAAGCAAAGCAAAGUAAAAAGAAAAAGGUGAAACAAAAAUAUAUGACGAUAGGAGAUAGGAAGAAGAUAGGAAAUAAUAAUGAUAAAAGUCAUAGUGAAGAUGAUGAAAUGGAAGUGUAUUCUGACAAUCAAGUAUCCAAAUUAGAAAAGCAGAGCAAAACAAAGCAAAGUAAGAAAACAAAAGGCAAAAAAAUUAAGACCAAUGUGGAAAGUGACAGUGAUAAUAUGUUAUUUAAUGAUGAUGAAAUUGAGGAAAAUGAAAAUGGACAAAUAGAUGAUGAGGAUAUGAGUCAAGAUGAUAGCCAAUUGCUUGCUACAACAAAAUCAAAGAAAAGCUUGAAAAAAGAGCAUAAAUUUAUGGAGAAUGAUAUAGAGAGUGACAGCGAAGAAAUGGCAUCUAGUGAUGGGGAAAAAUCUGAUGAAGAAGAUGAGGAAGAAAAUGAUGAAAGUAAUGAUAAUGAUUUACUUCCAAUAGAAAAAGCCAGUAAGAGAUUGAAAAAGAGGAAAGAAAAAGAAGAAAAGCUAGCAGAGGAAGAAAUGAAUAAUAUGAUGGCACAACAAAAUGUGUUUUCUUUUCCAACCGAAGAAGAACUUAUCAAUGUUACUAGCUUAAAAGAUAUUCAACAACGAAUAAGAGAUGUUAUUCUGGUAUUAUCAGAUUUCAAGAGAUUGCGAGAGGAAAAUAGGUCACGUUCAGAAUAUACCGAAUUACUUCGACGAGAUUUAUGUACAUAUUACAGUUAUAAUGAUUUCCUAAUGGAAAAAUUGAUGCAACUUUUCCCGCUGGAUGAAUUAUUAGAAUUUUUGGAAGCAAGUGAAGUACAAAGACCUAUGACAAUCCGUGCAAACACCUUGAGAACACGACGACGUGAUCUAGCUGAGGCUCUCAUUAAUAGAGGUGUUAAUCUAGAUCCAAUAGGAAAAUGGACACAGAUUGGUUUGGUAGUGUAUUCCACACAGGUGCCUAUGGGUGCAACACCGGAAUAUCUGGCUGGACAUUAUAUUAUACAAGGUGCUGCUAGUUUUCUGCCUGUAAUGGCACUGGAGCCAAAAGAAAAUGAAAGAAUUCUUGAUCUAUGUGCCGCACCAGGCGGUAAAGCCUCACAUAUCGCUGCUCUCAUGAAAAAUACCGGAACACUGUUUGCUAAUGACAUAAAUAAAGAACGAUUGAAAGCUGUUGUUGGCAAUUUUCAUAGACUCGGUAUUGUCAAUUCUAUAGUGUGCAGUUACGAUGGACGAAAAUUUUCUACGGUCAUGAAAGGUUUCGACAGAGUUUUGUUGGAUGCUCCGUGUACAGGUACAGGUGUAGUAGCAAAAGAUCCCAGUGUGAAAGCGAAUAAGGCGGAAGUAGACAUCCAACGUUGCUGCACAUUACAAAGAGAAUUAUUAUUAGCUGCAAUUGAUUGCGCUAAUGCGCGUUCGGAGACUGGCGGUAUUAUCGUCUAUUCAACGUGCUCUAUUCUACCGGAGGAGAACGAAUGCGUCAUCGAUUACGCUCUUAAAAAGAGAGACGUUAAGUUAAUGCCUACUGGCUUGGAAUUUGGAACUGAUGGUUUCACGACCUACAGACAACAUCGAUUUCAUUCUUCGCUGAAAUUAACCAAACGGUUUUAUCCGCAUGUACAUAACAUGGAUGGUUUCUUCGUAGCAAAAUUGAAAAAAUUUUCCAAUAAUAUUAAUCAAAAAGAUGUAAAAGAAGAAAUGUUGGAUUAAAGUUACAUCAAAAAUUUA